UUAAUAAAAUAUAAAUAAGGAAAACAAUUAAGAUAAUCGAUCCUGUUAAUUAAAACACAGAAUCAUUUAAUUAUUAUUUAAAUUCAAAAUUCGCGCAUCAAAUUUAGGAAAGAGACUAAGAAUAAAGGCUGCAGAAGAAUACUCUUCUUUAUAAAAAAGUGUUUAUUAACAAAAAUAUCAUCAGUAAAUCGAAUACCUUCAUCUUAUAACAAUCUGAUAGUUGAAGAUUAUCAUAUGAACUAGCUUUUUCAAAAAUUUAUAAAUUUUAAAUGUGAAAUGAAUGUUUUACAUGGAAAUCAGCCAAUAACUCAUUUAUGUGUAGAUAAAAAUUGUAAAUAGUCUAUAGAGAAUGUAUCAUCUUAGAAUGGGAAAAAGUCUACCGGCAAAAUGAUGUCCUCUAAUUCUAUUUUAUUAUGCUGCAAGUGUGUUUAGAGUAGCCAUUAAAACCACUAAGUGAUUUCAAUAGAGUAGUUUAUUAAAUAAGCAAAAUCUGAAUCUAAAUCUAAUAUUUAUGACAUUAACAAACAAUCUCCUAAUUAUAAUGUUUACGAAUAAAAGAAAAAUAAUAUUUUGCAAUGCUUAUCAAAGAUAAGCUAAAAGAUAUCUAAUUAUACUUAACUAAUAAAACUAAAAGAAUUAAGUGAAAGCAGUGACAAAGCUCUUAAUUAACGCCUCAUUACAUAGAAUCUUCAACAAUAAGAGUUUAUUAUGUAAAGAAUAUUCACAUUAGAGGGGAAUAAUUACUCAAAUUAGGCUGAAUUUGAAGUUUUGCUUAAAGAAGUUUAAGAAGGUUUGUAAAAGAAUCAGAGUGUUAUGAAGCAGUACGAAGUUACUAAGAAAGAAGAAGACAUAUAAUUAAAAGAAUUAGACUUUAUUUUUGCAAAGUUAAAUUAAGAAACAUAGAAAAUAAUUCAAUUGUUUGAUAGAGACAUUUCAUAUCACAUUCAUCAAAAGCUGAAUGAAUACAUUUAGUAGAGCAAUAAGUAAGCUCAAUAAAAUAAUGAUAAACAAUCCACAGAAAAUUUAAACCAGGAAAAAAAUACUAAAACAUUAGAUCUUAAUGCAUUUGAUUAAAUAUCAAAACUUUUUUCAUCUGGCGCGAAGAGUGGUAAGAAUUAAUAAGAAUAACAUUCUGAAUAGGAAAAUAACACAUAGUAGCAGAAUAUAACAAAGCAGAGACUUGUAGAAAUUCAAAAUUUAAAUCCUGCUAUAAAUAACAACUCCACUCCUACAGCAUCAAAAUAAAAUUUUAAUUAAAAUAAUAGUGGUGGUUUUUCUAAUUUAAAGCUUGGUAAUUUAAGCACAGCUCAAACAAACUCAUAUGUUUAUAGCGACUAAAAGUUAAAAAGUGAUAAUUUGAAUAAUAAAUCAGCUGCAAACAGUGCAAUAAAAGGAUAUAGUAUUCUUUCUGCAGUGAAAUGCUAAACUCCUUAAUCAGUAGCUAAUGAAAAUGAUUCUGCCUCGAUAAAUUCUUAUAAGAAAAAAGAAGCUCCUCCAGCUUUUAGUUCAGUAUUUCCUUAAUCAUCAAGUUCUAAAAAAAUAUCCCCUCAAGAAAAAAGAGUUUUUAUAUAAACAACAAAUUAAACAAGCAAUAUUGUUUUUGUAACAAACAGCUAAAAUGUUCCAGCCAAUAAAAAUGAAGAUUUGGAAAACCAAAAAAGUAAGAUAUAGAUGAAAUUUUAAACAGAUAGUUUAAAUUUUGAUAAUUUUACGCCUAAAUUAUCAGAGAAUAGUAGCAAAAUUAAAAAUAUUGGUGGUAAUUUAUCCCCAAUUAGCAAGCCUUAAAAUGCUGAAGAUGAGUUACACUAAACAGCAAAAGAAAUAAUUUAAGAAAAUAAUAUUGAAUGGCUUGAUAACGAAGAUUACGAUCUGAUUGAUAGAGGAUAGUUUUUAGCAAAAGAAAGGAGAUAAAUUGGAUAAGAAGAUUUUAAUUUAAAAAAAUUGGGCUAAUAAGAUGAUGAAGAAGAAGAUGAUGAUAAUGUCACAUUGUAUGAUAAUGAAGAUUAUGACAGUAACGAUUUUCUGGAAAAAGAUGAAGAUCUAAUUUAGUUUGGAGAAGAAAUUUAUGAAUAAGAUAAAGAGAAUAACAACUAGUAAAGCUUCUAUAGAUAGAAUUAUAAUAAAUGUGGUUAAAAUUUAAACUUAAAUGGAUUUUAAUCUUCUGCAUAAAAAAGUUUUUAAACACUUCAAAACGAAGGACAGUCCCAAAUACAGUAAACUUAUGGUUAAGAAGUAGAUAGAAAAAAAGAAAAAAGAUUAAGAAAAAGGCUUUCAAAAAAAUUGAAAAAACUUAGGUAAUAGCAUGAUUUAAUUGAGUAAGAGCAGAUGUAACUUAAGCUAAAGUAAGUUGAAGAAGAAAAAAAGUUAAGUAUGAUAAAGCUUAAUGAUGUAAAUCCUGAUCAAAGUAGUAGUGUAAAGCAAUUCUAAUACUCAAGCUGCAACCCUGCAAAUAAAAAAGGUCAAUUCAAAGGAACAAAUUCAUAAUUAUAAAACUCUGCUGAGAAAGGUAAACAAUAGCAGUUAUCAGACACAAAGUUUAACAAAGAAUCUAAUUUUCAGAAUCUGCUAAGCUAAAUGAAAAGCAAUUAAUAAUAGAAUCUAAAUAAGCAAAGUAGUAAUAUAAAUUAACCAAAUCUGUUGAAAGACUCUUUAGGGUACAACUAGAAAACAGGUAUCUAUUCAUCUAAAAUUUUAAAUACAGCUAUUUCACCUAAUAAAUAAGAAGCUGUUUAACAAUUUGAAAGGGACCAGUCUCCUGAUCUUCAGCAUUUUUCAAAUGGAAUCACAAUUAAUCAGACUAAAAAGAAAUUAAAAACAAACUAAAUUUAUGAAGGUGCUUAUACAAACUCAGAAUUAAAAUCUCAAUAAUAUAAUUUUAAUUAAAACUAAAUUGUAAAAAAUAACAAUUUUGGAAUAAAUUAAAUGAAAAAUAAUAUUCAUAGCCAAUUUGAAUAUGAAUAAAAAUCUUAAAAUAAUAAUAGUAAAUUUGAAGGAAGCUAAGAAUCUUAGUCAUUUUAGUAAAGUAUGAGUGCUUUCCAAUCAUAAAACUCAACUUUAUCAAAUAAAAAAGAUUUAAGCUUAAUAAAUUUAUAAAUGAAAACUAGCAAUAUUUAAAAUAGCUAAUAAUAAUCUUAAGUUUAUAACAAUUUUAACAAUUAGAGACACUUUAAUAAUACAUAAUUUUAAUAUAAUUAAUAUUAGAAUCCAAAUUUGCAACAACCUAAUAAUUAUAAUACUCUUUUGAGUGAUGUUAAUUUAAAUAAUAACAAUUAACAGAGACAUGGAAGAUACUCAGAAAGGUUUUAAUCAGAAUUUUCUUAAAGUUAAUUGAAAAUCUAAAAUAAUUUCUAAUCAUCUUAAGACCCAUUCCAAGUUCCUUAAAAACCAAAUUAGUAAUCAGUAAUAGCUCGUCACAAUUCCUUGAUAAGACCAUAUUAAUAAAAUUAUUAGUCAGCAUAUAAUUAAAAGCAAAAUAGCUUAGAUACUUCUACACCUUUUGAAGAAUAAAUUAAUAUUAAUAGCAGUAAGCAGUCCUUAAACUUUAGGAACACUAACACAUCCUCAAAAAAUACUAACUAUUCUAACCCACAUACUUUCAUGCAAAAUGAUGAAAGAGUUUUAAAUAAAAGCAAAAUUCAAUAACCAUAAUAAUAAGAUUGUGUUAAUAAUUUCAAACUAUAAAGUGAAAUAUCUUAAGGUUUAGAGUAAAUUCAAUAAUAAAUCGAAUUUAGCAACUCCCUAAGAGAGCAGCUCGAAAGAAAAAUUAGAGAAGAGCAGUAGAACAGUGACAAAUAUUAGCAAAGUUCAAGCACAAAGCGCUUAAAAUUUUAAAUUAUUGAUGACGAACCAUAAAAUAGUAAACAUAAUAAUUAUUUAAAAUCUUAUGAAAACUAGAUAUACAAUCCUAUAGAAAGAUCAUAUUAAAUUGACAAUGUCUCUUCUUUGGAUGAAUAAAAUUAGUCCUAAUAUGACGAUUAAUCUCCAUUAUAUUCUCCUAUAGUUUAAUUCAGUCCUAUGGAAUCUGAUGAAAUCUCUUGA